AUGAAUGGAGUCGAUUACAAGCGCUUCGUGCGCUAUUUCUACGAUCCCCAGCCGAGACACGAUGAUAUGUCUGGGACGUCGAUAUGGUUGCUAGGGAAAGAAUACACAUCCGCACCUCCAAAGCCCGUGACCACAACAGACCACGACGACGUGGUUGAAGUCGAAUCAUCGGCCGACUCUCAGGACCCUUCAGACGCCAGUGUUUCCACGACUGUAGAGACACAGUCGCAUCCGUCCCAGAAUACCAGUAGUUUUGAUGAUGCCCAGCAUGUCACUGGAGAGAAUCUCCCUUCCCUGUCGAACGAUCCCUCCGACGGUGGUUGGCCACAUGCGUUCCUGGACGACUUCGAGUCGCGGUUAUGGAUGACCUACCGGUCCAACUUCACACCAAUCCCCCGUUCACAGGAUCCAUCUUCCAGCGCAUCCAUGUCCUUCUCAGUCCGCCUUCGCAAUCUAACCGAGCGGGAGGGCUUCACCAGUGACACCGGCUGGGGUUGCAUGAUCCGAUCUGGACAGUCUCUCCUCGCCAAUACCCUGAUGUUGCUCCACCUAGGUCGUGACUGGCGACGAGACCAGAACGUCACCUCACCCUCUGCAGACGGCUCUCCGUCACCUUCCACGCAGCGCGAAGCCGAAAUUCUGUCGCUUUUCGCCGACUCGCCCGAUGCCCCCUUCUCCAUCCAUCGGUUCGUCCAGCAUGGCGCCUCAGCGUGCGGAAAGCAUCCAGGUCAAUGGUUCGGCCCUUCAGCAACUGCAUCUUGUAUCAAAGAACUCUCCACCGAGUGCGCAGCAGCAGGUCUACGGGUCUACGUGACGCCUUCGGCUUCAGAGGUGUACGAAGACCGUUUCCGAUCCAUCGCGGCAGCUAGUCCUUCGGAUCCCACAAUCAAGCCUACAUUGAUUCUACUGGGAAUUCGACUCGGUCUUGAUAGAAUCACGCCCGUUUACCACGAGGCCCUGAAGAGCUCGUUAACCUACCCACAAUCGAUCGGGAUCGCAGGGGGGCGCCCAUCCUCGUCCCAUUAUUUUGUCGGCUGCCAGGGCGAUCUCUUCUUCUACCUCGAUCCUCACGAGACGCGGCCAGCAUUGCCGUACCAUCCCACAGCGGAAGAGUAUUCUGAAGACGAGAUUGCAACAUGCCAUACGCGCCGUCUACGUGGCCUGCGGAUCAGCGAGAUGGACCCAAGCAUGCUGAUUGGGUUUUUGAUCAAAGACGAGGCCGACUGGGAGGAUUGGAAGCGCCGGAUCAGAGAGGUCAAGGGCAAGGCCAUUGUGAAUGUUUUUGACAAGGAGCCGCCCGUGCCUGGGGAGUCUAAGGAGCGCAAGGAGGCAGUCGACGAGGUCGAGACAUUUGAUGAUGAGGACGAUGACGAGACUGUGACCGUGACGGGUCAGGAGGGCGAUCUUGACCCUGAAGGCCAGGGAGAAGGGGACGGGGUCAAGGUCGAAGCACAGCCGGAUCAAGACACCCCAGUCCACCAGGUCUGA